CUUGUUCUCUUCCAAUUUGUACAGAAAAGGGGAAUCUCUUAUCUUCUUUCUUCAUCUCUCAUUCCUCGCUGUCCGUAUUUUCUUCUUCUUCAGGUUAAACCAGCUUCAAUUGCUUCAGCUACAAGCUUUCUCUGAUCCCGCUCUAUUUCCCUCAGAUCAUAUCCGAUCGUUCCGAUCUACAGCUCGGAAAUUAGAUUACGGAAGCUUUGAUUUGAUAAUCGGUGGAGAGAAUCGGGGAGGUGAUCGGUGAUUAAAAAAGGGCAUCGGAUCAUCAAUCUUUGUUGUUGAAAGGAUUUAUGAUGGGGUCUUUGCAAGGGCCAGUGAUUUGCCCCACUGUCAGCGCAAAGCAAGCUGGUUCUUACAAUCUGCCCGUGGUAGGCCCCCUGUUGAAGGUCAGGCAUCUGAGAAGUGAGCUAUGGGGAUUGAAGGGAAUCAGUGGUUGCAUCACUAAGGCAGGCUUUGCUGCUCGCCCGCAAAAUGCACGAAAAUGCACAAGAGUGCAUUGUACUUUCAGUUCUUCGUCAAAUGGGAAUGGAAGCAUGGCAGAGAAUUUCAAUGAAAAUGAUGAAGACUAUGUUAAUUCUAGUGUACUUGAGGCCGUUGAGGUGAAGAGUGGAGCUGAUGGGUUCAUGAUCAAAAUGAGGGAUGGCAGGCACAUGAGGUGUGUCCAUAACAACCCUCAGGGUGGCCAUCUGCCAGACUAUGCUCCACAUCCUGCAAUUGUACUGAAGAUGGAAGAUGGGACUGGCCUUCUUCUCCCAAUUAUUGUUUUGGAAAUGCCUAGUGUGUUGCUCAUGGCAGCAGUGCGCAAUGUUCCUAUUGCUAGGCCAACUAUGUAUCAAGUGGUGAGGGAAAUGAUUGACAAGAUGGGCUAUGAGGUCCAACUUGUUAGAGUCACUAAGAGAGUGCAUGAAGCAUAUUUUGCUCAGUUAUACCUCAGAAAGGCGGGUAGUGAAACAGAGUUUGUCAGCUUUGACCUUCGGCCUUCAGAUGCCAUCAACAUUGCUGUAAGAUGCAAGGUUCCCAUACAAGUUAACAAGUAUCUGGCAUACAGUGAUGGGAUGAGAGUUAUUGAAUCUGGAAAGCUCUCUACGCAUACCCCUGCUUCAGAUGGCUUAUUGUUUACUGAACUGGAUCGGCCAAAUGGUAAGCCAUGUGUUGAGACAAAGGAGUUUAAUCUUGUGCGCAACAUGCUUAUUGCUGCUGUUGAAGAACGCUACAGAGAUGCUGCUCAAUGGAGGGACAAGCUUCUCCAACUUCGUGCUAAAAAGAACUUGGCGUAGCAGCAGGGUCGCAAAUCUGUUCCUUGAUAUUUAGAACAUUUGUACAUAGACACCAUUCUUCCAGGGCGACUAAGUUCAAGCACAAUCAUAGUCCGCAUGCAUCUCUGCUCUUCAAUUAUAUAUGUACUCGUGUAAAAAGUUUUGUGAAUGUGUAGCCAUAUAUAUAUAUAUAUGCAUAGUACUAUAGUAGAUAAGAAGCGACUGGCAAUGUAAUGCUCAAGGCAGAUGGCACUUGUCGGUUUCUGUUUAUUAAUUAUAUAUCCUGUCACUUAACACUUGAUUGAUCUCUUUAAUGGCUGAUGUAUGCAUCUCUUGGGUGACUCUUUGCCGA